AUGGCUGGUACUGGAUUGUUUUCAGAGAUAUUGGAUGGAGAGGCUUACAAGUACUACGCUGAUGGAGAGUGGAAGAAAUCAUCUUCUGGUAAACUCGUUCCCAUCAUCAACCCAACUACAAGAAAGGUUCACUACAAGGUUCAAGCUUGUACACAAGAAGAGGUCAACAAGGUUAUAGAAACUGCGAAAAUUGCACAGAAGUCGUGGGCAAAGACUCCACUCUGGAAGCGAGCUGAGCUUCUUCAUAAAGCUGCUUCUAUCCUGAAAGAGUACAAAACUCCAAUUGCAGAAUCCCUUGUUAAAGAAAUUGCUAAACCUGCUAAAGAUGCAGUUACAGAGGUUGUGAGGUCUGGGGAUUUGGUGUCUUACUGUGCUGAAGAAGGGGUUAGGAUUCUGGGAGAAGGGAAGUUCUUGGUGUCUGAUAGUUUUCCUGGAAAUGACAGAACAAAGUACUGCCUCACUUCCAAGAUUCCACUUGGUGUGGUUUUAGCCAUUCCACCAUUUAACUAUCCUGUCAACCUUGCUGUCUCAAAAAUUGCUCCUGCACUCAUUGCUGGAAACUCCCUUGUGCUGAAGCCUCCAACUCAGGGUGCUGUUUCUUGCCUUCAUAUGGUUCAUUGCUUUCACUUGGCUGGUUUUCCCAAAGGCCUUAUUAGUUGUGUCACUGGGAAAGGAUCUGAGAUUGGCGACUUCCUUACCAUGCAUCCUGGAGUGAGUUGUAUAAGCUUCACUGGUGGUGAUACUGGUGUUGCAAUUUCCAAAAAGGCAGGCAUGAUCCCUCUUCAGAUGGAAUUGGGGGGUAAAGAUGCCUGCAUUGUGCUUGAAGAUGCCGACCUAGAUUUGGUGGCAGCAAACAUUAUAAAGGGAGGCUUUUCUUACAGUGGUCAAAGGUGUACCGCUGUUAAGGUUGUCUUGGUGAUGGAAUCCGUUGCUGAUGCCCUUGUCGAGAAAGUGAACAAAAGGGUGGCAAAACUAACUGUUGGACCACCAGAGGAGAACUCUGAUAUCACUCCAGUUGUUUCAGAAUCAUCAGCGAAUUUUAUCGAAGGGUUAGUUGUGGAUGCAAAACAGAAAGGAGCAACAUUUUGCCAGGAGUACAAGAGAGAUGGCAACCUUAUCUGGCCUUUGUUGUUAGAUAACGUCAGGCCUGAUAUGAGAAUUGCAUGGGAAGAGCCAUUUGGUCCAGUUUUGCCAGUUAUUAGGAUUACUUCUGUAGAAGAAGGAAUCCACCAUUGCAAUGCCAGCAAUUUUGGACUCCAGGGCUGUGUGUUCACAAAGGACAUCAACAAGGCCAUUUUGAUUGGUGAUGCAAUGGAGACGGGAACGGUUCAAAUAAACUCUGCACCUGCUCGUGGACCAGAUCAUUUUCCGUUUCAGGGUAUAAAGGACAGUGGAAUUGGGUCACAAGGAAUCACCAACAGCAUCAACAUGAUGACCAAGAUCAAGACGACUGUGAUCAACUUGCCAACACCUUCUUACAGCAUGGGUUAG